AUGGUAACGACGCUCAGCCCAAAGAUGGCGCCCGAAUGGGGUGGAGGAGUUGGUUCCUCGGGCUCAGGCCCGGGCCCGGGCCGGUGGCGCUGGAGCGGUUCUUUAUGGGUCCGAGGCGUUUUACUCCUGUUGGGCGGGCUCCGAGCAAGCGCUACAUCUAUUCCUGUCUCCUUGGGCAGUUCCCCUCCCUGUCGGCACCACGUCCCCUCUGACACUGAGGUCAUAAAUAAGGUCCAUCUUAAGGCAAAUCAUGUUGUAAAGAGAGAUGCUGAUGAACAUUUAAGAAUCAAGACUAUCUAUGAUAAAAGUAUUGAAGAAUUGCUCCUUGAAAAAAGAAACCUUGUUAAGAACAAACUUUUUCCACAAGCUAUUUCUUAUUUAGAGAAGACUUUUCAAGUUCGUAGACCUGCAGGCACUAUUUUACUUAGCAGACAAUGUGCAACAAACCAAUACCUACGGAAGGAAAAUGAUCCCCAUAGAUACUGUACUGGGGAAUGUGCAGAGCAUACAAAAUGCGGCCCAGUUAUAGUGCCUGAAGAGCACCUCCAGCAAUGCAGGGUCUGCCGUGGGGGUAAGUGGCCCUGUGGAGCAGUGGGUGUGCCAGACCAAGAGGGUGUCCGAGAUGCUGACUUCGUUCUUUAUGUUGGUGCUCUGGCCACUGAGAGAUGCAGCCAUGAAAACAUCAUCUCUUAUGCAGCUUAUUGUCAGCAGGAAGCAAAAAUGGACAGGCCAAUAGCAGGAUAUGCUAACCUGUGUCCAAAUAUGAUCUCUACCCAGCCUCAGGAGUUUAUUGGGAUGUUGUCCACAGUGAAACAUGAAAUUAUUCAUGCCCUGGGUUUCUCUGCUGGGCUAUUUGCAUUCUACCAUGAUAAAGAUGGACAUCCUCUAACUUCAAGAUUUGCAGAUGGUCUCCCACUUUUUAAUUAUAGUCUUGGAUUAUAUCAAUGGAGUGAUAAAGUAGUUCAAAAAGUGGAGAGAUUAUGGGAUGUUCGAGAUAACAAGAUAGUUCCUCACACUGUGUAUCUCCUAGUAACACCUCGUGUUGUUGAUGAAGCACGCAAACAUUUUAACUGUCCAAUUCUGGAAGGAAUAGAACUUGAAAAUCAAGGUGGUAUGGGCACUGAGCUCAACCAUUGGGAAAAGCGGUUAUUGGAGAAUGAAGCAAUGACAGGUUCUCACACCCAGAAUCGAGUCCUCUCUCGAAUCACUCUGGCAUUAAUGGAAGACACUGGCUGGUAUAAAGCUAAUUAUAGCAUGGCUGAGAAGUUAGACUGGGGCCGAGGAAUGGGCUGUGACUUCGUAAGGAAGAGCUGUAAAUUCUGGAUUGGUCAGCAGAGAAAAAAGAGGCAGAUGCUGAGCCCUUACUGUGACACACUCAGAAGUAAUCCAUUGCAGUUAACUUGCAGACAGGACCAGAGAGCAGUUGCAGUGUGUAAUUUACAGAAGUUUCCAAAACCUUUACCUCAAGAGUACCAGUACUUUGAUGAACUCAGUGGAAUACCUGCAGAAGAUUUGCCUCAUUAUGGUGGUUCAGUAGAAAUUGCUGACUACUGCCCUUUCAGUCAGGAAUUCAGUUGGCAUUUAAAUGGUGGAUAUCAGCGCAGCUCAGAUUGUAGAAUAUUGGAAAAUCAACCAGACCCUUUUAAAAACUAUGGUGCUGAAAAGUAUGGACCUCAUUCAGUUUGUUUAAUUCAGAAAUCAGCAUUUGUCAUGGAACAGUGUGAAAGGAAGCUGAGUUACCCAGACUGGGGAAGUGGAUGUUAUCAGGUUUCUUGUUCUCCACAAGGUCUAAAGGUUUGGGUCCACGAUACUUCAUAUUUGUGUAGUCGGGCUGGGCAAGUCCUCUUCAUUAGUAUUCAGAUGAAUGGCUGGAUUCACAAUGGAAGCCUGCUGUGCCCGUCAUGUUGGGACUUCUGUGAACUCUGUCCUCCAGAAACAGAUCCUCCAGCCACUAACUUGACCCGAGCUCUGCCACUGGAUCUCUGUUCCUGUUCCUCUAGCCUGGUUGUCACCCUCUGGCUUCUGCUAGGCAAUCUGUUUCCUCUGCUGGCCGGAUUUCUUCUGUGUGUAUGGCACUAGGAAUAGAAAAGUGAAUUCUCAAGGCAUUCCUUUGUGUCAUGUUCUUCUGAACAAAGCACAAAACCUGGGAGAGUACCAGCCUGUGCAGAUGGCAGAAGUGACUUUGGCUUGACAGUUCUGACCACAGUCAGACCUUGAAGGGGAGCUUCGCUUCACAGCAGUUACUCUUCAUCGGCAACCCAACAGCCUCAGCUUGGAGAAGGAGAAGGAAUUCCAAGUCAUCAAGUCUCUUUAUUUUUCAGGAUGCAUAACCUUCCUGAAGUUUUCCUUUGAAAAUGUGAUAUUGGUGUUAUUUUCAGAAUACAUACCUCAGCAUUCUCAUUAACCUAAAACAAUGGGAAAGUUCAUCAGUACUGCAGUAAUUUAAAGAACAGCUCAUUAUUGGAAGAGUUUAAGUUGUGGGUCCUGUCCCUAGAAGUAUAAAUUAUCCUUUGACUUACAGAAAAUCAUUGAAUUGAGAUUUCUACAUCACUGUUAUACCUAUUUUGAAUUUAAUGGCUGUACAUGGUACACUUAAAUUAUUGUGCUCACUAUUUUAAAAAGUCUUUUUUUUUGGAAAUUACAUUUUGCUAAAUUUUAUGAUUUAACCAUGCUCACCUUUUUCAGGCUAGCUGUGUGGUAGUUUACCACUGAGUCAUUAUGUGUUGAUAGCCCUUUUCCAGAUGUAUCCGUUACUCAUAGGUCUUCAUAGCUCAGUUUCCUGUUGUAUUCUCCAUUUGUUUAACACAGUUGAAAAACCGUAGAAGCAGAGAGAGAAAAGUAAUGUGCCCUGUAAAAACAUUGAAGACAUACAAAUAGAAGAAAGUAUAAAUGUGUGUUUUUCAGAUCAUUGUUAUGACAAUUAUAAUCCAACAAAAACAGGACUAUUUCUUUCUGAGCAAUGAAGAUAAAAAGAAAUUCUGGGAUAGACAGGUAUGCAGUUGUCUUCACAUGGGCUUAGAAAUUGUUUCUAUCUGAAAAUUAUUUUAUAUAUAAGAAGAACAAUAUAAGUCAAAACAAAAUGAUUUGAAUUGUUUACUAAUAGCAAAGUGUAGGUUUGGUGUAUGGCCUAUCAAAUAGGGUCCACUUUACUGCACAACAUAUGGCUCAAUCCUCAGAAGUUGGAAGAUAGCCUUUGCUUUAAAAGGAGGUGAUGUCCAUUACCUCCUGCUUUUGACACUUCUGUCACCAUGUAGAUUCUGGUCCACAGAAGCAGUUCUGCUCUGGAGCUUACUGACCCUUUACUAAUUAAAUUCUCUGUGAUGAGUGAUGUCCAGUUUUUCUCUGUAAAGUUAACAAAAUCCUGUGACAUUAUAAGCACAGCCCUUGGACAAGCAUUCAUUCAUUCAUUGGUUAACCCUUUAAUUCAGUGUAUAGUUAUUGAGCACUCCAUGUAAGAAAUUGUGCUAAAUGAGCAAGCAGCUGAUUAUUUGGCACUGUGGACAAACAACAAUGCCAACAUAAAGGAAAGUUACCUUUUUUAAUGCAUACAUUUUAAAUAUGUAUUUAAAUAUGCAGUUUUGAAUUGAAGGUAUUUAUCAUUGUGAAAGCUGGGGGUCUGUAGCAUAUGUACCUUCAGCUAAAGAGAAGCUAAUAGUAAAUGGUGUCAGGUCAGUGCUCUGUUUUCUGCCUGUGUCAUGUGUUUCUUAAACUGUGCAAUGUCCAAGAAAAGUAUAGAGUAUAUUUUUAAAGAAAAUUAUAAAAAUCUAAACUUACAUACCAAUUGUGAUUAUGAAUCAUCCUACAAAGUUCUAUAAAGAAUUUCACCAAAAAACUAUGGACUAAGAAUAUAUUUGAGACUUACAAUGAUAGAUUUGAUUAUAUUUUGACUGUUGUGCAGUAAUGCCAUUUUGGUAGUAUUAUUUCUGAGCAUGGUGCUUUUUAUACUUGAAAUCUAUUUUUGCUUUUACUUUUUAUUGAUAUAAUUAUAUUUGCACUAAUGACUUUCUGGAGAAAAUAUUAUAGAUGAUUUUUUUAUACAUAUUUAUUAAGCUUGGAAUCUGGUAGCCCAGUUUUCUCUGCACAAAUAUGAAACUUGAUAAAGUAUGAUGUUAAGAAAUCUUGAGUUUCUGAGGGUAAUUAAGUGUGCUGGUGUCGUCCUUCCUCAUCAAGUCUUGAAAGUGGUUGCUUAUCACUGAUUCUGCAUAGUCUACUCAGUGAAGACUUAGAAGGCCAUUGAACCUGUAAGAAAUUUUAAGAGGCACAUUUUAGUCACUCAGAUUAUGACAAUAUUCUAAAAAAAGACUUUUAAAACCUGAGGUUUCAAUGCAGAAUUAGUGGGCUAGAAUUCAGCUUUAAACUGAAGAAUUUGAAAUGGCAUAAGUGUCAGUAUUCUGUGGCAGGUUAUACCCUUCAUGUUAGCAAGGCCGGUUCACUGAGAGAGACUGAGCAGCCUGCAGCCAUGGCGGACGUGAGUGGGGCAGGGGAGGGGCGUGGGGAGGAGCCGAUUGGGGGUAGUAGACUGGAGUCCCUGUCUGGCUCAGAAAGUGUCAAGUGCUUAUAAAAACGGACUACCUCAGUUUUCAGUUCAGACUUUGGUUCAUUUUGAUACAAUUAAAGUCCCAGUUGUAUCAAGUAAAUUUGUGUCUCAGGUAUUCAGGAACAGAAUUUACAGGAAGGAGGCAGAAGCCAUGUCAGUAGACUUGAGUUGACAGCGUUAAAGAAACUGGCAGGCAGUUAGGAGGGCUCAUGUAAAUCCCUCUAAUGUUCUCCUGAAAAACAUCCCUUUCCCUUACUUAUUUCUUAAGGAUACAUAUUUUUGUUAAGACCAAAUGAACAUUCUAAAAAUGUUAUAAAAAUGUUAUAAAUUAUGCUUAAGAUUAGUUUCAGCCUAAUAUGUUGGCUUAGAGUUUAUGAUUAUAUGAAGAAAAAACAUAAAUUAAUGAAGUUUAAAUAGUUUUAGGAAGAUAUGUAAAUAAGUAUACCAGAGUAUUCUUUAAAAUUCAGUAUCAAUAUUCUCUUCAAUAUUAGAAGACUCACUGGGUGAAACCAUCUGUAAAGUGACUAGAUGCUUUCUCAGAAUCUGUCCAGCUCUAAUAUUCCGUGACUAAUGCUGAACCAGAAUAGCUAGGUCACUGCUGGCUCUGACGCGCCUUAGAGGAUGCCAGCUCCCACGUCGUGUUCAUCACAGUGUCUUGUGCUUGAUGCCUUGGACGCUGAGUGGAAAGAGAAGAGCCUGUCUCUCAGGGCAUUUGGGCCGCCCUGGCAGGGGAAGAUGGACUUCCGUCACAGCCCCGCACACCCACUUAUAGUGCGCUCCAGUCAUUCGUGCCCUGUCCUUGCAUCCCAGGAGGACUAACAUGUUACUAAAGACUGUGCUACUCAUUCUGAAGAAAGAACGUACCUGAAGGGAUGACCUUUGUUCUUUUUUUGGAUACACUUAGCCAGAGUUGAGGAAGGAAUGCUGAAUUAUUUUCUUUUAUGUUUAUAUUUUUAAUAAAUAAAAUAGAAGAUUUAAAACUAAUCUUUAUUUAUGGUAUUGAACUUCAAGUGUAAUAUAUUCCUUAAAAAAACACAACUUUAAUAAAAAUGGAAACUAAUCUG